ACAGAUCCUAGAAGCACAGCAGCAAGUCUUCCAGGAGCUGAGACCGGCCAGAUGAGUUCCCAGCAUGCCCGGAUGCUGCCAAGCUGGGGAGGAACCGAGACUAGGGAGAAGUCAGGGAACAGACUCUCUGAGGCAGAGACUUAAUUUUGAAGUGAAGGAGAUGUCUACAAAACUGAGGCUUUUUGUGGAAGGACCUGGCUCCCGAAGAAGCAUGAAUGAGGUUCCCCAUGAUUGCAUUUUGAGAGAAAUCUGUGACUCUGAUAUGCAGAGACAGAGACUAAUUUUGAAAUGAAGGAGAUUUCUACAAAACUGAGGAUUUUUGUGGAAGGAUCUCACCCCAAAAGAUGCAUGAACGUGGGUUCCCAUGACUUCAUUUUGAGAGAAAUAUGUUACUCUGAUAUCAAGAUAAAUAAAAAUCUAAAGAGAGAAUAUGAAUUUGAUGACCUUUCAGAGAAAUUCAGCCACUAUUCAGUCCUAAAUCGGCAUGUGAAAUUGAGCUCUGGAAAUGUCUGUUGUGAGGAUAGUCAAUACAGCAAAUGCUGUAGGAAGCAGCAGGAACUGGGACUUUUUCAGUGGAAUGAGAAACCUUCUGAAAAGUCUAUGUAUCAAGGUAACCUAGGAGGAAUACCCUUUGGCUACAGUUUAGACUUCAUUAGACAUUCAAAAAGUAAAUGGGUAGAGAUGGUUUCUGUGAAGGAUGAAGGAGGGAAACCUUUCACUCAAAACUCUGAUCUUGCUGCACAUCAAAUAAUCCAUUCAGGAGAGAAACUUUAUGAAUGUAAACAAUGUGGAAAGACUUUUGAACGAAGGGACUCUCUUGCAGUACAUCAUAGAAUCCACUCUAGAGAGAAACCUUAUGAAUGUAAAGAGUGUGGAAAGGCUUUCACACAGAGGAGUCAUCUCAAUAAACAUCAGAGAAUCCACUCUAGAAAAAAUCCUUAAGAAUGUAAACAUUGUGGAAAGGCUUUUACAGAGAGGGGAUGUCUUACUAGACAUCAGCUAAUCCAUAGUGGAGAGAAACCUUAUGAAUGUAAACAGUGUGGGAAGGCUUUUACAUAUAGCAACUCUCUUGCUACACAUCAGAUAGUCCACAAUGGAGAGAAACCUUUUGAAUGUAAACAGUGUGGAAAGGAUUUUAAACGUCACCACUCUCUUGAUAUACAUCACCUAAUCCACACUGGAGAAAAACCCUAUGAAUGUAAACAGUGUGGUAAGGCCUUCACACAGAGGGGCAAUCUUGCUGCACAUCAGAGAAUCCAUACUGGAGAGAAACCUUAUGAAUGUAAACUGUGGAAAGGCUUUUACAGAGAGGGGAUCUCUCACUAGACAUCAGAAAAUCCACACUGGAGAGGAACCUUUUGAAUGUAAACACUGUGGAAAGGCUUUCACAGACAGAAGAUCUCUCACUAAACAUCAGAGAAUCCACAUUGUAGAGAAACGUCAUGAAUGUAAACAGUGUGGAAAGGCUUUUUUACACAAUAGCACUCUUACUUCACAUCAGCGAAUCCACACUGGAGAGAAACCUUAUGAAUGUAAACAGUGUGGAAAGGCUUCCACAGGGAGGGCAUCUCUCACUAGACAUCAGAAAAUCUACACUGGAGAGAAACCUUAUGAUUGUAAACAAUGUGGAAAGACUUUUAGACAGAGGGACAAUCUUGCUGCACAUCAGAGAAUCCACACUGGAGAGAAACUGUAUGACUGUAAAUGCUGUGGAAAGGCUUUCACAGAGAGAGGAUCUCUCACUAAACAUCAGAGAAUCCACACUGUAGAGAAAUAUCAUGAAUGUAAACAGUGUGGAAAGGCAUUUUUACGCAGCAGCACUCUUACUUCACAUCAGCUAAUCCCCACUGGAGAGAAACCAUAUGAAUGUAAACAGUGUGGAAAGGCUUUCAGAUACAAGGACAAUCUUGCUGCACAUCAGAGAAUCCACACUGGAGAGAAACCAUAUGAAUGUAAACAGUGUGGAAAGGGUUUACAGAGAGCAUCGCUCACUAAACAUCAGAAAAUUCACACUGGAGAGAAACCUUAUGAAUGUAUACACUGUGGUAAGGCUUUCACACAGAGGGGAAAUCUUGCUGCACAUCAGAGAAUCCACACUGGGGAGAAACCUUAUUGUAUCGGAUAAAAUCAUGUAAUAUUUGUCAUACAUUUAUCAGUAUUCUUCAUGUUAGAUUGGAAACUUCCUGUAGAAUUAGUGAACGUUAGGUAUUCUUUUGAAGGAGAAUACUAAUCUCCCAUCCUGAAGAGUAGAGAAAUCCUUCCCCCCAAUAACUUUUUAUAGAUACAUAAAUAUCCAACUUUUAUUCAUUUUUUUCUAAUGUGUCCAAAACGCCUCACUUUUCCCCCUUUUGAAUUUUUUUAAAUUUAUGGAUUAAGAGGUUAGAUUGCCAUCCCCAUAGGAAAAGUCUUCAAAUGUGCAGCUAAAAUCUUAACUCUUUGUCUUAAAUGUUUUGGUUUGAAAGGCCUUGGCCUUGUCUAAAUUCUUCGCUCAACUUAAAAAUUAUAAACUUGAGAAAACAUGCUGGGAAACUUAAGGAGGGCAAGUUUAGUUCCACAGAAGGAUCAAUAUGGAAAAAUGAUUUAUAUGAUUCUACAUGCAGAAUUUAUGAGAUUGCUUAAUACCUCUUGGGCAUGGGAGAGAAAAUCCAAGACUCAAAUUUUUGAACAAAUGUUGGAUAUUGUUUUUACAUAUAAUUGUCAAAAAUAAAAUAUGAAAUGAU